AUGGAUUCUGUCCGGCACCCCGAGGAGAAAAAGUUGGCAGAUGAGGAAGAUGACGAUGUGCAGCAUGUGACCUCCUUUGCGUCCAACUCGGGGCCUCGUGGGCAGAGGCAACCCCUCGGGGGCAAGACCUCGGACGAGCUAGCAGGAGCUGAGCAGCAGCAGCCCGGGCCGGUGAUGCCCGUGCUGACCGACACCCACAUCCCGACCACGACGCCAUGGGAGAUUCGGGCCUGGUACGCAUACUAUAUCGGAGCCAACGGCCUCGCCCUCUUCAACUUUGGGCCCACGGCCUUUCAGAACCUGCUCAGCCAAGCGGCCGGCGGCGACAAGGGCCUCUUGCUCUUCGCCGGCGCCGAGCGCGACGUCAACAGCAUCGUCCUGCUCGCCAACGGCAUCUCGUUUGCGCUGCAGGCCGUCUUGUUUCUCGUCAUUGGCGCCUGGGCCGACUUUGGCAGCGGCCGCCGCUGGGUCCUCGUCAUCUGGUCGCUCGUCGCCUACGCAAUCGGCUUUGCCUGGCUCGGCGUUCACGACCCAAGCCAGUGGAAAAUUGCCGCCGGCCUCUACAUUGUCGGCCUGAUUGCCUACCAGCUCACACUGACGUACUGGACCGCCGCAUUUCCCUCGCUGGCGCGCAACACGGCAUGGAUGAAGGAAUCACGCAUCGCUCACGAAAACCAGGAAAUAACGCUUCCGGAACUGGACCGUCGAGACGAAAUGGAGCGUAGCCGUUUGAGCAACGUGAGCUUCUAUAUACAGUCUGUCGGUGAGGUUUUCAUCCUCGCCGCCAUUGUCGGCAUCAUGUAUGCCGUGCACGUGCGCCGGAGUACCGAGGACAACAACUGGGGUCUUUCAGUGCUCAUUGCAUUUGCCACUGGCGUAUGGUUGUUGCUAUCGCUGCCUUGGUUCAUCGCGGAAAAGACGCGACCGGGAAUGAAGAUUCCACCUGGGCUGAAUAUCGUCACCGUCGGUUUCUGGCAGCUAUACGAAGCGGCCAGUCAGAUGUGGCAGCUGAAACAGAGUCUCAUUUUCCUCGCCGGCUACUUUUUACUCGGAGACUCUCUCAACACCACCGUUACAGUGAUAGCGACUUUGCAGAAUCAAGUAAUUGCAUACGAUACUCUCAAGCUCACUUAUUUAUUAAUCGUCGGUAUUGCCGCCCAAGCAGUGGGAAUCGGGUUGUUUUGGUUGAUUCAGAAGCGCAUGAAUCUCAGUGCCAAGACAAUGUUCAACGCCGUCAUGGUGUCUAUUUUGCUGCUCGAUGGUUGGGGCAUGAUUGGAAAUUGGACCGACAAAUUCGGGUUCAAGAAUGAGUGGGAAAUUUGGCUUUAUCAGGCGUUUUACGGUCUGGUCGUCUGUCCUUGGUACAGUUAUUCUCAGAUUAUGAUUUCUUCCGUCACGCCCCGCGGUCACGAGUUUCUUUUCUUCUCCGUUUUCAACAUUAUUGGCAAAGCAUCGAGCUUCAUUGGACCACUCAUCAGCAGCCGAAUCAUUGACGCAACACCGGGCGGCACCAAUAAUAGCGCGCCUUUUUACUUUUUAUUCGCUCUGAGUCUGCUCAGCGCCGUGGGUCUGUGGGCGUUUCUCAAUCUCGAAAAGAGCGCACGCGAGCAAGAUGCGUUUUUGGCCAAGGAAAAAGCCAGAAUGGCAGACGACAGUAGUGAUGCUGCAACGACGGCAUGA